CUAGUCGGAAAGGGUUGUGAAAAAAAAUGGUUGUCACGAUAUUUAGCUAGGCAAUCUACAAAUGACAGAUACAUAUAAAAUUAUACAGAGUACACUAUCCAUGUCAGGGUCCAAGAAGGAUUUUCGCAGAAUUGUGCAACUUUUUUUUCAUAGACAGGAAUAUUUUAUCUUGUCUGCAAACCCAUCGUGAAUUGGACUGCUGAGUGACUUAACCAGGUGGUGUUGGCACCUUUGUGUGCCAUCUCAUUCCAAGUCCCAGAGGAACCUUAAUACAGUAGAAGAUGAACGGCCUGUCCAUUAGAGAGCUCUGUUGCCUGUUCUGUUGCCCUCCUUGCCCCAGCCGCAUCGCAGCCAAGCUGGCCUUCCUCCCUCCAGAGCCCACCUACUCCAUGCUGCCUGACCCGGAGGCUACAGCUGCAGCAGCAGCCGGGACCACGCCAGGGGGUGCUCCCCCCUCUCUGGGGGCUCCGGGCCUGCGCUCCCGGCUGGGUGGCGGUGCGGGAGACAGAGGUGGUGGAGGGGGAGGAGGUGGCGGAGAGGGCAGGUGGAAGCUCCAUCUGACAGAGAGGGCAGAGUUCCAGUACACUCAGAGAGAGCUGGACAUGACAGACGUGUUCCUGACCAGGUCCAGCCGGGGGAACAGGGUGGGCUGCAUGUACAUCCGAUGUGCCCCCAACGCCAGGUUCACAGUGCUAUUCUCCCAUGGUAAUGCAGUAGAUUUGGGUCAGAUGAGUAGCUUCUACAUUGGCCUGGGCACGCGUAUCAACUGCAACAUCUUCUCCUACGACUACUCUGGCUACGGUGUCAGCACUGGCAAACCCUCAGAGAAGAACCUCUACGCUGACAUAGACGCUGCCUGGCACGCCCUGCGCUCGCGGUAUGGUAUCAGCCCAGAGAACAUCAUCCUGUAUGGGCAGAGUAUUGGCACAGUACCAACAGUGGACCUGGCGUCCAGGUUUGAGUGUGCUGCUGUGGUGCUCCACUCCCCUCUCACCUCUGGCAUGAGGGUGGCUUUCCCCGACACCAAGAAGACGUACUGCUUCGACGCCUUUCCCAACAUAGAGAAGGUGUCUAAGAUCCCAUCCCCGGUGCUGAUCAUCCACGGGACGGAGGACGAGGUGAUAGACUUCUCCCAUGGCCUGGCUCUGUUUGAGCGCUGUCCCAAGGCCGUGGAGCCACUCUGGGUGGAGGGGGCCGGACACAACGAUAUAGAGCUGUACAGCCAGUACCUGGAGAGACUACGACGCUUCAUCAACCAAGACCUGGCUGCAGCACACGCCUGAGUGAGGAGGUGAGGAUGUGUGUGUAUAAGGAGCUGUACAACAACAUCAAACUACAGCCUUAAGUCUGUAGAAAAGGAGCAUCCACUAUGCUGUAAAUCUGUCUGGCUGUGUGUCUGGCUGUGCGUCUGGCUGUGCGUCUGGCUGUGCGUCUGGCUGUGUGUCUGUGGUUGAGGUUGUGUGCAUUGACUCAUGGAAAUGAAGGAUCUUGAUAUGGACACCUGUCAAACACCUGGAUACGUGUUCCUAGAGACUUCCCGAGGCAGAGCAUUUGUGCACUACAAACUGUCUUCUCUGUGUACAUGUAUCUAUGUACAACUCCCAGAGUUGAAGAUGCUCUCUGUAUGGACCUGAGCUGAUAUCACUCCUCCCUGUAUCUGCAGUGGACAUCUGUCUGUCUACUUUUCUGUCUUUUUCCCUGUCUUUAAUAAUGAACAUCUCUCUCUCUCUGGAUUUCUUUCAACUAUCCUGUCCUAAAUAAGGACUAGGGGAAGAAUAGAACUGGCCUUUGAGAGUCUAAGAGAAAGUCUGCUCUCCUGUAGAAGGCAGCCAUUUGAACUUGUUCUGGGUUAAAGGUUGUGAUAACUGAGUGAGAGUGGGGAAUGCAGGAUGUACUGCAGUAUUACUCUGACUAGUUGUUUGACUGUUGCCUGUCCAUAUUAUCUAAUGUGUCUGAAGUGAAAGGGUUGUGGAGACAUUGAUGUCUCUGAAGCCUGAGAUGAACAUGGAUAGUCUGAUCCCAGAUUUGUUUAUGAUCACAAACAGAUCUUGAAUCAGGCAACAACAAAAACAUAGCUAGUUUGUUUUCUUCUGUCUCUUGAUAGAUUCCUAAUGUGAAUGAACUAUAUUGGAAAAAACGAUGUAUUUUCAUUUAUAUACAGUCUUCUCUGUGGCUCUUGAGAAGACAAGUCUGUUGACUGUUGUGACGAUAGAGAGAGCAGGACUGAUGGUCAAUUGCAGUGGACUGUGUCCGCGAGGCCAUCUCAACUGGCAUUUUCUGUUACAUUAGAUCACACAUAUACACUAUAUAUACAAAAGUAUGUGGACACCCCCUCAUAAGUGGAUUCGUCUAUUUCAGCCACACCCGUUGCUGACAGUUGAAUAAAAUCAAGCACACAGCCAUGCAAUCUCCAUAGGGAAACAUUGGCAGUAGAAUGGCAUUUCUGAAGAGCUCAGUGACUUUCAACGUGGCACCGUCAUAGGAUGCCAUCUUUACAACAAGCCAGUUCAUCAACUUUCUGCCCAGCUAGAGCUGCCCCGGUCAACUGUAAUUGCUGUUAUUGUGAAGUGGAAUUUCUAGGAGCAACAACGGCUCAGCCGCGAAGUGGUAGGCCAUACAAGCUCACGGAACGGGACCGCAGAGUGCUGAAGUGUGUAAAGUGUCUGUCCUCAGAUGCAACACUCACUACCGAGUUCCAAACUGCCUCUGGAAGCAACAUCAGCACAAUAAGUGUUCGUGGGGAGCUUCAUGAAAUGCGUUUCCAUGGCCAAGUAGCCGCAUACAAGCGUAAGAUCACCAUGCGCAAUGCCAAGCGUCGGCGGGAGUGGUGUAAAGCUCGCUGCCAUUGGACUCUGGAGUAGUGGAAACAUUUUACAUUUUACGUCAUUUAGCAGACGCUCUUAUCCAGAGCGACUUACAGUAGUAGUGAGUGCAUACAUUUUUAUACUAGUCCCCCGUGGGAAACGAACCCACAACCGUGGCGCUGCAAGUGCCAUGCUCUACCAACUGAGCUACACGGGACGCGUUCUCUGGCCUGCACAGAGCCCUGACCUCAACCCCAUCCAACCACUUUGGGAUGAAUUGGAACGCCAACUGCGAGCCAGGUCUAAUCGCCCAACAUCAGCGCCCAGCCUCACUAAUGCUCUUGUAACUGAAUGGAAGCAAGUCCCCGCAGCAAUGUUCCAACAUCUAGUGGAAAGUCUUCCCAGAAGAGUGGAGGCUGUUAUGGUAGUAAAGGGGGGACCAACUCCAUAUCAAUGUCCAUGACUUUUAGAAUGAGAUGUUUGACGAGCAGGUUUCCACAUACCUUUGGUCAUGUAGUGUAUGAAAUGGUUGUUCACUUUGCUGCUAUUAAACUGUCACUCACAUAAGAAGACUAUUCCUGAGGGCUAUUCCUCAUGAGAAAUAAAUGGCGUUAUAGCGUCUUAUAACUGACUUUCUGAGAUCUGAAGGGAAAACAGUCAUUAAUUCACAUUUAUCCUCAAUCUUUACUCAUGCAUUUUUCUCUCAAAGUAAUAAAAACGUGUAUAGUGUAUAGCGGAGAGUUCGUCAAACUGUUAGAAAUGUUGAACUUUAAUUGGGUUCCAUGGUGGUUCUAAGUCAAUAGCAUGGAGCCAACAUGGAUGCCAGUUUCUUGAACUGAUGAUACAAUGUCUGGUGUAUAGGAGCUUUUCUAUGGUGGCAGUAUUGAUCCAAGCCAUAAACGAGCCUUUCACUGUUAGUGUGGUGCAGGUUCCACCACAUCAGUCCACACACACACACACACACAGAGCGCACAAGCAUGAUAAGCAGGUCUUAAGUUCAGCACUAUUGUACAAAGCAUCCAAGUGUAGUUGAAAAUAUAAUAUUUACGUUUGUCUCCUUUGCAUUGUUGACCACCUGACCCUGCCCCCAGAAAGACCAGAAGCAAGGACUCUAGGAAUGAACUAGUCAUAGAAUACUAAAGUUACUGUCAGUAAAAGUAACUCUCUAUUGAGGGGACACUGUAUGUUGAUAAUUAAACAAUACAUAACACUGCAGUCAUCCUGGGUGAAAGUGGCACUUUGUAGGUGGCUGUUUUUAUAGGAUCAUUUUGAACAGGUAUCUAUUCAAUUUUCACAGUAUGGUGUGUGUCACGAGGCCUAAGGUGGUGGAAGUCCCUCAGGCUCCCGUGCCAGACUCUUCAGGGUUUUAGGCUGGUUAGGGUUCUAAGCUCUCCAUGGUUCUAGGCUCUCCUAAGAUACAAUGAGACUAGACCUGACUGUCAGUUGUCAUUACUGUACACUACUGUAUGGGUUCUUGCUAAGAAGGUCUCUAAACAUAAUGGGGAAUAAUUAACACAGUGGUUCAUUGAGACUAUUCUCUAUUCAGUCUCACUUUACCUAUGAUAAUGAAGUGAGGUAUCGAUAUUCUGACAACUUUAUGCAUGUCCAUUAUUUGUGUUUUGCUGGGCAAGUGUUGGGGUGGGGUAUAUAACUUAGUGCGUGUGAUGCCAGAGGGAAAAUGUAAGCUCAAGGUAUCGUUCAAUAUAGCGCUUUUUAAAUGGAGGUAUAGAUUUAGUUGUUUUUUUAUUACUGAAACUAAUGUAUUGUUUUGACUUUUGUGCUAGAGUUUGGACAGGGAAAAUACUGGGUGGGGUUAGAACAGGAGGGUGUGGUUUAUAUAUGGUUAUUGUAGUUACCUAUUCUGUUUAUUAUGAUUUGUAAUAUGAAAAAAUUACUGACAAUAUGAUGUAAUGUCAUUAAUUCAGGGGACUGAAUCUUGACCUUUUUAUUGACAAUGGGGAAAAAACAAUAAACAAUUAUGUACAAAAAUAUAAA